AUGAUCAAAAUAACUAUAGUAUUACGCUUAACUUCUCUCGUUGCGUUUGGCGCGAACCUGGAAACGGGGUUCCCUCAAACUGUUGUAGUGGAUUAUUCCGAGCUGGCAUCUGAAGCCGAAGUUAAUAAAAACAAUAUUUUGGAGUUCUUGAAUAAGACUCAAGUACAGCAACGAUAUAGACUAAAGUACGAAACUUUGCUGGAUAAACUCACUGGUAAGAUUCUUCCGGUCUACACGGAAAGGUCUACCAGACGCAUCGUCUCUGGCAAGAACACCUCCAUAGCAGCUGUGCCGUGGCAGGCUUCCAUAAGAGAAAAGACCUACCCUAUUUGUGGUGGAUCUGUAGUCACCGAAUACUGGAUACUUACCGCUGCGCACUGCUUGCUGAGAGCACAAGCCGCAGACCUGACAGUCCGCCUGGGAUCCUCAUGGAAAUCCCACGGUGGGGAGAUGUACGACGUCAAGCAGUCCCACGUGCACCCACGCUACGUCAGCAGCACUAAGAUCAAUGACGCGGGCCUGGUGAAGCUGUACACGCCUCUGAGGUUCUCGUCAAGGGUCCUCCCGAUACGGAUAGCUGUGAGGGAGAGCCGGUUGCCCGCUAAUCAGGUCGCCAUCGUAUCGGGAUGGGGGAAAAUGCGAGAAGGAGGACCCGGUGCAACCUUCUUGCAGUCAGCAAGCAUCAAAACGAUGGCCAUGAAGCUGUGCCGGCAGUCGGGGCUGGAGAAGAAGUCCAUAGAUCCUGCGAGUAUGUUCUGCGCAGGCUCCUUCACACAACCCGCACCUGAUGCUUGCCAGGGGGACAGCGGCGGCCCCAUAGUAUCCGAGGGGACUCUCAUCGGGGUGGUGUCCUGGGGCCUGGGGUGUGCCCGGGGCAAUUUCCCGGGCGUCUACACGAGACUCGCCCACCCUGUCAUAUGGGACUGGGUGCAUGGACACAUUACUACUAAACCAGACACUAAUGUCACAUUUUAAUUAUUUAAUUAUACGUUUGGACUAUAAAUACAUUUGAUUAAACUAUUUAUAGUCUGUGCCCACAUUUAUCCCGCAAGGAACGCAAACAAUAUUAAUUACUAACUUUUCAUGUU